AUGACAAAGAGCUUUUCAAACUCCGCCAUCGCUGGAAUGGCCUCCCUCGCAGCUCUUCCACGUAACCCUUUGAACCGACAAGAAGAAUACACAAAGCGUAAUUAUCAUUAUUUGCGAAAUAUCCAUCUAAGAGAUAAUGAGUGGUCCCGUUAUGCCAGUGGAGGGGGGGCCGUGUCUAAAUAUGGCCUCCGCAGGCUGAGGAUUGGACCAUUCCAAUACAAAACUGCAAUCGACACAAUCUCAAUCCUUUCGACCGUGGAGGGGGUGGCCUUGGUCGCUACAGCGCUAUAG